AUGGCGAGCGAACCUUCUCCCCGCACCGUCCGCUUCUCAGCCCUCGACGACGACCAGCACGUCCGCCCCGACAAGCACAAAACUGGUACUCGCCAAGUCCUGUUACCUCCGGACCCCGAGAAUUCCGAUUUUUCGGGCGAUCUGCAUUUGAGCCCGCGCGGUCUGGACCCUCAGGACGAACUUGGAUCGCUGCCGCGCUACGUCGACUCCACGGCAAGCCAUCCCGGCGUCGUGCAGGUGCAGGGGCAUCCUCCCGGAGGUUUGGCUAACGGCACUGGUAGCCGCCAGCGCCCCGACUCCCUCACAUUUCCGAGCAACGGGACCACCCCCAGACCCCAGCGCCCCACCGGACCUGCCAGAACGCCCUCCAACACCUAUCAACCCUACACCCAGCGGAGACCAACACAACCCCCUGGGCCGCCCUCGGCCUUCAUCAACGCUAGUAGUGGUGGCGGCGGCCCUCAUGCCCGCGACGGUUCGAGACCCCGCCAGGUUGGAGCCUCGACAUUCCGAGCGCAGGAACGGGAAUACGUGCGGAGACUGCGCCAGCAUGACUACAACGAUGACUCGUUCGAGCCGUACGGCUCCGGAGAGCACUACGAGUCGGACUCGGAAGGCGAGACUCCGUCGUCAGAAAGCCACUUCGAUAACUACGACGAUGCUCACAUCAUGUUCGUCAAUAGCGAAGAGAGCCAGAUUACAGAAGAGGAUCUGAAAGACCCUCAGAGUCGCGAAAGACUGGAAUGGCACGGCAUGCUCGAAGCCGUGCUGACGGGCGAUGUUGUGAGGCAGGAGAAGAAGCGACUCAUUGGCUCGGCCGACGAGGAGUUUGGCAAGAGCGCCCACAAGGCAGAACUGUGGCUUGGAAUCCGCUCAAAAGUAUGCGGCAGGCACUUGCCCGUGCAGCGGAGGAUGAUUGAGGAGUUGCGCCAAGGGCUGGACCGUGCCGUAGACGAGAUCAUCAACUUCUCCAUCGCCGGCGAGAGCGAGGCGGGAAAGCCCCCAAUCGACCAGGUGCGCGAUGCUAUUGUCAAGAUUGAGAAAAUCGAAAGCCUCUACCCUUCGAGGACAGCCCUUAUCGCGGCGCUCAAGACCAGCACAUACGAGGCCUACGAGGAGGCGUGCGACGCCGUGAUAUCCUGGUACAACGUCAACGAGAUGAUUAGUACCGAGCUGAGCAUCCUCAAGAAGUGGGUGGGCAACGACGCCUUGGACUUUCAGCGGCCCAAGGACAAGUCGCCCAACGGGAAUGGCUUGAGCGAUGACACGUCUUUCUUGGAUCGGUUGAUGAAGGAAGAGGGGCUCAAGACGCUGCACGACGAGAAUGCCGGCGACGGGAAAGACGGCAAGAGGGGCAUCCUGGACAGCAUCUCGAUGGUUGUCAACAAGGCCAAGGGGACGCUUAUUGAGAACGCCGAAGGGUUCCAGAAGCGCCACUUGCCACCAUACAUCGAAGAACUGCUCACGCUCAUCAGCUUCCCAUCGCGCCUCAUCGAGGAAAUCAUCAAGUUGCGACUCGCAUAUGCCAAAAAGAUGAAGGAAUCAGCACAGCAGAACCCAAUGAUGCAGGAGCAGAUGAUCUCCCAGUUCCAAACGCUGCUAAAACUGGCAACCAAGAUCAAGUCUGAGUAUAACGCCAUCGCUCAGAAGGAGCAUGGCUGGGACUUGCCCCCCUGUAUCGACGAGGACUUUGACCGUGUUACUCUGGAUGCCCUCAAGUAUUAUUUCAAGAUGCUCAAUUGGAAGCUGAGCGGCAACAAAAACACUUUCAAGGAAGCCGAAGUACUGUUUUCAGAGUGGGAGUUCGGUAAUGAGAUCGGCAAGCAGCUCGAGCAUGGCGACGUCGAAGUCGCUGAACAGUUCAGCUCCCUCACCUACAAGGCAUUCAACCGGCUCAAUCAAACAUUCGAGAAGGAACUCCAGCGUCGACCCAAGGAGAGCGUGCCCGAGAUGACCAAGAGAUACAAGCAGAUCCUCGAUUCCGUCCGCGUACGGCAGCGGAUGCUGCAGCGAUUUUCGAGGAUGCUCAGCGACAACUAUGAAAAUGCCUGCGACUUCUCCGUCGCCUUGGGUCCCGACAAGCUACAGGAACUCUUCGACCGCCUCGUCGAGUCGGGCCACUUCCAGGUCUACACCGGCAAGGCGGAGCACGAGGGCGUCAUUAUCAUUGCCUCGCCGUCUCUGCACGGCCGCGCCCACGAGAUACAACUCUUGAUGAAAACCUUUUCUUACGAAACCAAUACCGAUGAUCCCUCGGAUCCUUACAUCUUAAUCAUUAGGGCUGAAGACCCGCCAGCCUGGUUCGGAGCAAAGCUCCAUCUGCCGCUGCGAGACGAGCCGCUCGACAUCAAGCUGGGACACAUGAGACUGAUCGCGGGCGGCUCCCAGGUGCGGCUGGUCAACGCGAGGAAAGCGUUUCUGGACAGCAUUGACAUGCACAUUGACCUGGUGGUGGAGCAGAGGUCGAGUUUGCAAAAGGUCAAUGUCCGGCUCAUGGAGAUCCGAAAGGUCGCCUUCAAGCUGUCCAACGCCUUCAUGGACAGCGUCGAGACGAUUCGGCGCCAGACUCGGGGCCUCGCUUGCCACGAGCUGAUCCAAACUUGCUUCAUCUUCGCCACCGAGUUCGGGCAGCGCUCCCUGCUUUACAUGGACAACAACAGGAGGACCAUGAACAACAUGAAGCUCACCAAGCUUGCUCUUGACUGGGUGAGCUUCGUCUGCGACGAUUGCGUUUCCUCCGACCGCAAGACAUUCCGCUGGACCGUCCAAGCUCUUGAAUUCGCCAUGGUGAUGACGGGAGGCAAGCACAUCUUGGCGCUUGGCGACGACGAGUACGCCAAGUUGCGGGCCAAGGUUUCCGGAUGCAUGGCGCUCUUGAUCUCACAUUUUGACAUCAUGGGUGCCAGGUCAAGCGUUGCCGCCCAGGCUGAGCGGCAGCGGAUGGAGGCGCUCAUGAGCCAACUGAAGCGCCUUAACAAGGGACAAAUCAUGGAUGACGAGACAGCGGCAAAAUUUGUCGAGGAGCACCGUCUCGCCGAGCUGGCAAAGGUGGACGACUACAGAAAGCAGAUACUUGUGGAGCGCUCUGCUAUGGGCCGAGUGUUAGAAGCCUCGAAUGAGGUCGACCGCUCCCUCGCUUGGCUCUCGUCGACAGCCACCAACUUCACCAUGAGGUGGCAGCAAGGCCAUUUUGUCGGGGGCGGCACGUUUGGCAAUGUCUACGCAGCCAUGAAUCUCGACACGGGCCAGCUGAUGGCCGUAAAGGAGAUUCGUCUCCAGGAUCCGAAGCUGAUCCCCAACAUUGCCGGUCAGAUUCGGGACGAGAUGCGCGUCUUGGAGGCGGUGGAUCAUCCGAAUGUGGUGUCCUAUUACGGCAUUGAGGUGCAUCGAGAUCGCGUCUACAUGUUCAUGGAGUUCUGUUCGGGUGGCUCGCUUGCCAACCUGCUAGAGCACGGCCGCAUUGAGGAUGAGCAGGUCAUCAUGGUCUACGCGCUGCAGCUGCUCGAAGGUCUGGCGUACCUGCACGAUCUGAAGAUUGCCCAUCGCGACAUCAAACCAGAGAAUAUUCUUCUCGACCACAACGGAAUCAUCAAAUACGUCGACUUUGGCGCCGCGAAGCUCAUCGCCCGGCAAGGACGGACGCUCGUGCAGGACAUGGCGAGCACCAAACCCAACAAAUCAAUGACAGGCACGCCCAUGUACAUGUCGCCCGAGGUCAUUAAAGGUGAGAACCCGGGCCAUUUCGGGGCGGUCGACAUCUGGUCGCUGGGCUGCGUCAUCCUCGAGAUGGCGACGGGGCGGCGGCCCUGGGCCAACCUGGACAACGAGUGGGCCAUCAUGUACAACAUUGCACAGGGCAACCCGCCGCAGCUGCCGACGCCGGACCAGCUCAGUCCCCAGGGCAUCGACUUCCUCAAGCGCUGCUUCGUGCGCGACUCCAAGAAGCGCGACACGGCCGUCGAGCUGCUCCAGCACGAGUGGAUCAUGACCAUCCGGAAUCGCGUCGUCGAGCCGGCCACGCCCAACAGCGACACGAGCGGGUCGGCCCAAAACACCCCCGGCACGGGCACCUCCUCGAUGAGAACCACGAUGAGCGGGGACGGGUUUUAUUAG